UUUUACGUUCAAAUAAAAUUGUUUACGUCUUAACAAUAAAUUUUUGCUCAAAAUUUGAAUUUGCACAUUCUGAACAACACACAAAUUUAUCGACUCAAACUCGUGUAAUCUCGAAAUUCUCUGCGCCUAAAAAUGAUGUCCUUACAAAUCUAUUGGGAUGAGCACAUUGGCGUGACACUUGAGGAGAAGCAACGACAUAUUUACAUACGUGAUAUACCGGAAAAAUGGCUGCCACGUAUUUGUGAUUUAAUGGUGGAGCGAUCUUUUCAGCUCAACCCUCUCUUUGCGCAUCUGAAAAUCCACGAGCUGCCCGACGUAGAGGAUUCUUAUCGGCGUUACGUGAUGCAUGUGCUCCGCGACGAAUGCAGCAUUAUGAUCGUCGACGAACAGUCGAAUGAGAUAUUCGGUGUGGCGCUGAUGAAAUGCAUGACGAAGGAGUGGCGUUCUUGGACUAUUUGGAUGCAAAUGUUUGAUGCCACCACACUUUUUUCCCGAUUUAUGCUACUCACCCGCAUGCUGGUACUCAAAUAUGGCGAAGAGCAUCCGGAGCAUGAGUUCAAUGGCUUGCAUCUUUUCGAAUUUUAUUUGCAUCCGGAGCUAAGGGCGGAUCCGGUUUUUGUGGCGAAAUUCUUCAAUAGCAUUUUUGAAGUGGCACGUCAUAUGUCAAUGCUACGCGUCUCCUUUGUCGGCAUCACUUUGCGGGAGCAACAAUUAGUCGAGGCGCAUAAUUUUCAAUCACUAUCACAUCUAAUCUAUUCGCUGGUGGAGGAUGAGGGUGUGCGUGCAUUUCAAUCGUUACGUGAUAUUGAUGAGAUGUAUAUGGUCUCAUUCCAGUAUAUCGUGAAACCAUUGACGCCAUUCUAUCGUAUGCCACCAAACCAACCUACCGAUGAGGAGGAUCGCUUAAAGCGUGAACCGGAAGAACCACUGGAUGAUCAAGUAUCGGAAGCUGUUGAGAGUGACAUUUAUAGGCGCUCGAUUUUAAAAAGUUUUAUAAAGUAGAAAAUUUGGAAAGUGUCUGUUUAGAAGUUGCCAGACGCUUUCGAAAAAAAUCAACUUAAUUCUUAGGCAUAAGUUAAGUAAAAGUUAAAAUCCCUUUGUAAAA